AUUCGGAGCUUUAGGUAUCUGGUUGGGCCGCCAUGGCGGAGACAGAUUCCCCUGGGAGUCCGAUCUCUACCUUCCCGUUCCUGUCGCCCUCGCAGUACUCGCCCGACACCCCGAGAGGGCUCCCCCUCUCGCCGCUGAGCUCGACCUCAACUCCUCGACCGUCGAAAACUCGAUCGCGCCUGCGUGCGGGGAACAAGGCGUUGCUGCAGCCGCGGGCUCUAUGGCCUUCGGACACUCCGGAGCCUGAGCAAUCGGUCUUGCAGUUACAGAAUCCGAACCCUCUGGGGCAGCAAGUUCUCCGGAAGCAACUUGCGGGGGCAGCGGUGGUUGUGCCGGGUGCGCAGUAUCAUCCGCAGGCUUUGCUGCUCGCCACAGAUGGCGAGCCUGCGGGAUACGACUCCAAGUUCGAGGAUCUGCAUCCUGAAUCGCAGAGUAUUCUACUGCAGCUCGAGGCGUGGAUUUAUGAGUACAAGGCUGAAAGUAACAGAUUGGAUCAAUGCAGUCGGCUUUUUGGUUCAUCUGCGUUAAUUGAUGCCUUUGAGCUUCACUCUAACAGGACUUUCAAGGAACUUGGGGUUAUUUGUGCUGCAAUAGAAAGGCAAAGAGUUUUAUUGCAAGAAAAAUUGACAUUUGUGAAAAGAAUGUUGCUGGAUGCAGAAAUUGUUGUCCAGUCAUUUAUGCUUCUUAGCCAAUUCUUCUUUCGUCAAAAUGUUUUGACUGUAGGGCAUAUUUCUCAUGAGAAUAUGUGGAGUGUAGCGUUGAUUUCUGGUUUCAAUAAUGGAGUUCCAAAAAAGCCUUCAACUUUUAUGGUGAAUACAGUUGCUAGACAAGAGAUGUGCCUGAAUGAGAUUUACCAGUGUGUUGAACAUUUACACCAAGUGCUCAUGAAUGAUACUAGAAUGACACUCUCAGAUGCUUUAAAGGCUUUACCAAUCACUAUCUCUAAUACACAUGACUUCUUCGUCUACAUAGUUUCGAAGGUAGAAAGACUUCAUCACUGUAUUGAAUCCAUGAAAGAAGCAUAUCUUGCUCAUCAGCAUCAAGCAGGGGAACAAAAGUGAUCCAUUUCUUGAGGCUAUGAAAAGGGAAGAUGCUCCCAAACUAGUUCAUUCAUCAGUUCGCUUUUCAACUUCCCCACAACCAACUAUUCAACUUGUUGGAACCAGUGCUGUCUAAGCUUUCCACAAUUGUUUACUUUGUACUAAUGUUUGCAAUGACAGCUUCUACCCAGCCUUAGUUUUCCCUUGAAACAUCAGUCUCUUGCUACAGUGCAGAAAAGUUGCAAGCAAGUAGUUGCAGUAGCAUAAGCGAAUAUGUCGUCAGCUAAGGCAAGAUGUUUCUACGUUCUUAUUCACAACUUUCUCUUAAAACUUUUCUCUUUGUAGAUUGAAGUAACAAUUUGUUAAUUUCAACUAAAGACGUUUCGUUGAUAUCUGUGUUAGAACCGGAACUCUAGCAUUUUAACCAAUUAAUCCAAAUUCAAA